AUGCGUUCCCGUGCGGUAGCCGGGUGUCCCCGCCGCUCUCUCUCCGUGUCUCCUCGGUUCUCAAUAUCCCACGGCUCCCCCGCUCUGCGUCCCCCGCCGUUCCCCUCCCCGCCGCGCCGCUCUCUCUGCCCGCCCGUCCCUGUCCCCGUGCCCCGGGCGGCGGCUCCCCGCGGCUCCUCGCUGUCCCCUCGCCGGUCACUCGGCGUCUCCGCCGGUGCUGCCCCGCCACCAGCCCCGGCGCAGGGGCCGGGCGAGCGGCGGGGGCGGCGGGCAGAGGCGGGUCCCGGCCCGGCCCCUCGGGGCCCGCCCGCGGCCUCUGGCCCCGCACCCGGACCCGCCUCAGCAUCUUCCCCGCGCCCUCCCCGGGGCGCGGCCGUUCGCGCACCCCAGCGGCAGCCCCGGUUCCCCGCACCCCUCUCCUCCCGGGCAGCCCCGGUUCCCCGCAGCCCGGUUCUCCGCAGCCCCGCUCCCCUGGGCAGUUCCAGUUCGUUGCAGCCCCUUUCGGGCAGCCCCGCUCUCCCGGGCAGUCCCGGUUCCCCGCAGCCCCGGUUCCCCGCACCCCGGUUCCCCGCACCCCGGAUCCCUGCAGCCCCUCUCCUCUCGGGCAGCCCCGGUUCCCCGCAGCCCCGGUUCCCCGCAGCCCCCCUCCUCUCGGGCAGCCCCGGUUCCCCGGAGCGGGGCCGCGAGGGGGAGCGGCGGAGCGAGGCUGCGGUGAUGGGCGGGGGCCGCCAGCGGCCCCGACAGCCCAAAACCCCCGGCACCGCGGGCCUGGGCACUCAGCGGAGGGUGGGAGCACGCACCGGGCUCACCCCCAGCGCAGCCCUGCCCUGCCGGAGCUGCCGUCGCAGGACGCCCAGGGAAGGUCCCCCCGUAGAUGCCAGCCCGGCCUCGUCCGAGGAGCAGGCUUAG